AUUAAAGAUUCAUUAUAAAUUAAAACUAUUUCAUCAUGGCAAAGCAUCAUCCCGAUUUGAUUUUCUGCCGCAAACAGCCUGGUGUUGCCAUUGGCCGGCUGUGCGAAAAGGAUGAUGGAAAAUGUGUGAUUUGUGACUCGUACGUGCGUCCGUGCACUUUGGUGCGCAUCUGUGAUGAGUGCAAUUAUGGUUCGUAUCAGGGACGCUGCGUUAUUUGCGGCGGUCCCGGCGUCUCCGAUGCAUACUACUGCAAAUCCUGCACAAUACAGGAAAAGGAUCGAGACGGUUGUCCCAAGAUUGUCAAUUUGGGCAGUUCGAAAACAGAUUUGUUCUAUGAGCGCAAAAAAUAUGGCUUCAAACAGAACUAUUAGAAGAAUGAAAGACUACCUCAGGUGUAAUGCUAAUAAAUUUGUAUUUGUAAUUUAAUGCAUAUUCACAUAAAGUUUUAUUCAUGGAAAUUAA